GCUGUCACAUGGAUCUGGUUAAAAUAAUGAGAUUUCUGACGAGGUCAUCUGCAUGAAAUAUGCUGUUGCUCUGUUCUAGGAGAGACCGGGUUGUGAUUUGAUCGGGGAACAGAGAUUUUACUCCAUCACCUCUAAUCCUCCUUUUCAUCCAGAGAAUUUGUCAGCCAUUAAGUGACAGCUUAAUGAAGAAAAUACAUUUAAAAUAAAUUAAUCCUAGUGGUCAAGGGAGAGAAACUAAAUCCAGUCAUCCACACGCCAUGCAGGGAGCAAACAGGCUGGCAGUCAGGCACAGCAGCAAGAUCUUUCCCACUUCUACUCAUCCCCAUUUAAUCCUGAAAUGCCACAAGUGAAUAGACAUUGUGAUGUUUUUUCUAAUUUUAAAUGUCUCUUUUCUCCUGAUCCCCCCUGUCCUUGCCCCCUGGGCCUGUGCCCGUUCCUGCCCUGCUCGCUGCACCUGUACCCCGGAGCGGAGCUGCACUGUGCUGUGUGACCGCUCCAGCCUUGCUGACCUCCCCAAGGAGUUCCCCUGCGAGGCCGUGUCCAUCAACCUGGACAAGAACAACAUCAAGUUUCUGUCUGAGAGGGCCUUUGGCACCCUGCCUUCCUUACGCUACCUGUCGCUAGACCACAACAAUAUCUCCUUCAUCACGCCAGGGGCCUUCAAGGGUCUGCCCAACCUGGUGGAGCUCAAGAUGGCUCACAAUGAGUACAUCCGCUACCUGCACACCCGGACCUUCACUGCCCUCAAGCGUCUGGUCAAGCUGGACCUCUCCAACAGCAACCUCUUCAACAUUCCCGACCGCAUCUUCCUGGAGCAGGUUGCCCUCAGGGAGCUCCUCUGCUUCCAGAACAACUUCCGCCGGAUCCCAGGGGCCAUCCGAGGCAUGGAGAACCUGACACACGUCUACCUGGAGCGCAACAGGAUCGAGGCCGUGGCCUACAACUCCCUGCAGGGCCUGAGCAACCUCAAGUACCUGAACCUGCAGGAAAACCACAUCAACAUCAUCCACGACCAGGCUUUCCAGGACUGCCGGCGGAUCGAGUACUUCUACCUGAACGACAACCUGUUGAGUGACCUGCCCCGGCACUCAUUCAAAGGUCUGAGGCGUCUGAAGAUGCUCAACCUGGGCGGCAACCUCUUCACCAACAUCUCCAACACCUGGUUUAGUGACCUAACAGAGCUGGAGGUGCUCUACUUGGACAGGAACCAGCUUACCUUCAUUGAGGAGGGAGCCUUUGAGAACCUGACCAGCCUUAUCUCCCUCCACCUCAACAGUAACAACCUGACCUCCCUGCCCUUUUUCGUCUUCCAGCCCAUCUACUUCCUGGGACGGCUCUACCUCUUUCGUAAUCCCUGGGAGUGUGAUUGCACCAUGGAGUGGCUCAAGGAGUGGAUGGAGAACUACAAGCUGGUCAGGGACAUUCCCUGCACCUCUCCCCCCUCGGUAGCUGGGCUGGACCUCAGUGUGGUGGUCUUCACCAAGUCCUUGGAUGGUUUUUGCCUGGACCCUGCCGAGCUCAGUGUGACCUCCAUCGCACCGACGCCCACCGAGGGCCUGCACUACACCACAGAGAACAAGUUCAGCAACCUCAUCUCCAAGCUCUUGCAUCAAGAACUCAGAGAGCCUGGAAACUCCACCGAGACCUUCAGGAAUGCGUCACUGCUGGAUGGAAUAGAUGAUAAAAUGUCUGCUGGAGUCUUGCACUCCCAGAUGAAUGUGCUGCUGCAGGCUGUCCUGCCCUGUUUAGCACUCUGUCUCCUCAAUCAGUGAUGUUAUGGUUGCUUUCCUGAUUGAUAAUCAGUAUGUGUCCUUAUAUGUUGAACUGUGCCAUCUUACAAACACCCCACAAUUCAUUGCUGGAGAUCUGGCAGCACAAUGGGAAGGCAACUUUGUUUGGACCUGGCUGUUUUCUGAUGUAUCAUGUGCACUUUCCCUGCUUGCGGACGGUAUGUUACUGAUAAAGCACACUGAUCCUUUUGAAAACCAUUGUAACUUCAUGCAUCAAUCUGGGUAAGACUGGGGGUUAGAUGCAGAAGGCCUUGCAGAUUGAGGCAGUUCAUCUGCAUCUAGAAAGGAAACUACACAAAACUGGUUGGAUAUUAAAGCCAACAAAAGUUUGUUCUGAAGCCUAGAAUCUUACAAUCAUGUUAGUUUAAUAAUUAAUUUGACUGAAUUUGAUUUGGAUACACUACUUUAUCAAGCAAGAGAUCCCCUGAAAAUAUAAUAAAUUAAUUAAAAGUGUUUUAAUGGAUGAAUACUUAAGAACGUGACUUUAAAUAAGACCUAUUCUGACUUACAGACUAUAUAAUUGCAUGUGCUUUGCAUAAGGUGUAAUAUAUAAUAAACAUUUUAAAUAACGCUAGACACAAUAUCUUAUAUGUUAGUUCUAAAUAAGAAAGUGCCGUUCCUGUAUGUGAUUAGUGUAGAAUUCUGGCAUAUUCAGGCAGGCAACCUUUUUUAAGUGCCACAAAAACCUCUGCAGGUUCCUUCUGUUACCGUACAGAUGGUAUGACCUGUUUUGUUCAUUCAAUUCAAUGACUUUGGAUUUCCAAGCAAUUCAUAAAUGCAUUAAUCUUCUUUAAACGUCAGGCUGAUCUGCUUUACGCAGAGCUGCUCUAAAAGCCCUUCGCUCACUUAAACAAAUGGAGGAGAUUUAGCAUUUUGUUUCUUUCAGUUAUGGAAAUAGCUAGGACUGAUACGAUCUUUCUCUUCUUGAAGUUUAGCACAGAGCACAAAGGAAUUACAGGGACAAUUAUGGUUCAUUGUGUAUCUGUUUUUUUUAAGGCUGGAUGCAAAUAAAGGGAAAACUUGCACGUAAGAUUUAAAACUAUGUUAUUUCUUUCAUGCCUGUUUUUAGCUAAGUAGAUUUAAAUUAAUCUUGCACUUUUAUAUAGAGAACAGAUCCGGCCAUUUUGUUUGGUUUGCAGAAUCAAACCUUAAAUACAGGACAUGCCUCGUUUGCGGCACAUAUUUGUGUUUAUAAAUUAAUCUGUUUGAAUAUAACAUCACAGACAUAAGGCCAAAAUAGAAUGCACAAUUAUCCAGUUGUAAAUUGUUAGUUUAGACAUUACAGGUAGUCAUUACAAGCUAACUCUUAAAUGCACAAUUCCUCUUCCUUUGAGUUUCUUCAAGGUCCAUUGAAUUAUUAAUGCCAGAUUGCUGCAAGAGAACUUUUGUUAUUAUUGGUGACAAGGCAGGAAAAUGUGCAAAAUCCUAUGCUGAGUGUUUUGUAUACUUUAAAGACACAGUGUUUUUGUAUGUGCCAUGUUUGUUGUUUAAUGUUAUUCUCUUAAAUAAACAG